GACACUGUAGAUUAUGUGACAAUGUCAAAUGCAGCCCGACGACUAGUCAUAUGUAAUGAGAUUGGCAUUCUAAACUAUUCUAACUCAAAGUUGCGGGGUCUAUUCUAUGGCCUUUAUAAUGGUUAUCCUCCCAAUUUCAGAGCUUUGAAAGGGCAGCUUGGUAGAUUUAAAUUAUUAAGAGUGCUUUAUUUGAAUACUUUGGGUAUGUCGGAAUUUCCAAGUGAAAUCAAAUCAUUGAUUCAUUUAAGAUAUCUUGCCUUCAUCGAUGCGUAUCUGAAGGAAGUUCCAUCAUGGAUUGGUCAUCUCCGCAAUCUCCAGACUUUUAUUCUUUCUAAUGAGGAAGGUUUAGAAAAAAUAUCAGAUUCACUCUGGACAAUUGGAAAUCUCAGGCAUUUUUCUCUAGAAAGCACAUCAAGGGUUCCUCCUCCAAAUUUGGGAAAUAAUGUACCAAAGAAUUUGCAGACUUUAGAUGGGGUAACUGCUGGAUCAUGGAUAGGGAAUACACUUCCAAAACUCACAAACCUAUGCGAAUUGGGAAUUCAAAGUGUCUCUAAUGAUCAUGCCGAUGCCCUAUCUUCAUCACUUCAGAAAUUGGGUCGUCUUGCCGCCUUAUCUAUACAUGGAGCCUAUGGAGAUGAAAUUCCUUUAGACAACUUCAUUACGGCCUUUUCCAAUCAACACUGCCUUAAGAAAUUGUUUCUCAGUGGAAGUUCGAACCGCAAACAACUUCUACCCUAUGAUGUAUUUCCCCAACAACUAGUGGACUUACAAUUGUCUUAUUCUAAUUUGGAGCAAGACCCAAUGGCAACACUAGAGAAGCUGCCAUGUCUCAAAUAUCUAUAUCUCUAUGAUGCAUAUAGAGGCAAAGAGAUGAUAUGUUCGGCAACAGGUUUCCCUCAACUGUUAUCCUUGCAAAUUCUUGGACGUGAACUCGAGGAGUGGAAGAUAGAGGAGAAGGCAAUGUCAUGCCUCAAGUUUUUGGGGAUCUACAGUUGUAAAAGGUUGAAGAUGAUUCCAGAAGAACUGAAGAAUGUGCGACUUGAUCGAUUGCAUUUUAUAUAUAUGCCUGAAGAAUUCAUGAAUAGGAUUAAGGAGAAUACAGGAGAAGACUGGUACAAGAUACAACAUGUGCCCGACAUCGACAUCAUUAAUUAAAACAUAUGCGCCGACGCAAUGGAUAAUAUGUUAAAUUGUUAGAUGCCUUCAAAAAGGGCUGCGGUGAGUGAGGAGUGCUUUUGGACUUCAAAGGAGCUCCAUAUGAAGUCAGCAUCCAGGGAAGAAUACAAGAAGUUUCUUAUAUAUGAACUCUACUUAAAUAAUUGAUAUUUGUGUGGAUGUUUGUGAUUUUAUUCAUGUAAUGUUAUUUGGGUUUGAUAUUUUGUGGUUAUAUGCCCAAACAUAUAUGUGUGUAUUUGUGAUUUUAUUGUGUAACGGAAUUGGUUUUGAUACUAUGUCAUUUAUAUCUAGUGU